AUUUUGUUUUCAUGGCAAGAGCUCGGAGGAUGUCAGCAAAGUUGCAGCCCAAUGGCAUUUUUAGGAGAGACAGACAAGAUGCAUAAUAUAGUUUACAUCUUGAUUGUUUUGAUUUCCUGUACAUCUGCUGAUGUUGCGUUUGUUACCAGGCCACCUGAAGAGGUGAGGACAUUCCCAGGACGGCAGGUUACAUUGCCCUGUGUAGUGGAAAAAUUACCUGAAAACCACAGUGUCCGAUGGCUUGAGGUUGAAAAUACUGAGUUCAUAUAUAUUUCGGACAACAGGGAUGUCUACAGGGAUGUCUACAGAGGUUUUGGUGAAAAUUUUUCAAUUUCUGGUGAUGGAAUGAACUUUACUCUUCUUUUUAAUAUACCAGAUAAUAUAAAUUUUGGAUCUGAUGGCAAUGUUACUACAUUAUAUAUGUGUUCUGUAAUUAAACCAAAUGGAAAUUCAGUUGCUAUUUCUGCAAAUUCAAAAGUGAUUAUACAGAGAUUGAAAAUUCUAAAUCCAAUUUGUGGAGAAAUUAAGACUUACUAUGUCAUUGGAGAAACAUUAACAGUAUCAUGUCACAAUGAUUCAGAUCCUACUAUUAUUACAACUAUGAAAUCAGGAAAUGGAAAAGUUUUGCCUACUUAUUUAGAUGAAACCCACAUUUUUCACAAAUUAAUUUUAACAAAAGAAGACCACAAUGCAAUGUUUGUUUGUGAAUUAAGGAGAAAUGGAACAAAUGAGAUCAACGUUUGCUCAAUGGGCCCCAUCACUGUCAACUACAAACCUGAGAUUAACAUCACACAAACAUCUCAAAUGGCAUUCCACUGUACAGCAGAGGCUAGGCCUCCUGUAAAUGAAACACACUGGAUUAUAGAGCCUAGUAUUCCAAAAGACAGUUUCACAAUUUCAAAUGGAGUUUUAACAAUCAUUAAACCAAUGGAAGUUGAAUCUGAGAUGAGAAUAACAUGUGAAGCAGAAAAUGCCAUUGGAAAGGGAAACAAGACUUUAUGCAUUCCAACUUUGAAUAAUAGGAAUGAAGAAGAUGGGAGUGGCAACAUUCCAACUGUGACUAAUAGGGAUGAAGAUGGAAGUGGAAUAAUUCCAGUUGUGAAUAACAGGGAUGAAGAUGAUGGAUCUCAGAGCACUUCAGUCAUUAUUGUAGUUAUUUGUGUUCUAUUCUGUGUUGUGGUUGCAUUUAUAAUAAUCUUUUUGUUUUUGAAACGAAAGCGAAUUAAAAAUCAACAAACAUCAAAAAGCAGAAAUAUGUCAGUUAGAUUUAGGAGUGAUGAUCCCCAGGUUGAACUAAAAAAUAAAGUUCAUGAUUAUGCUGCGAUCGACGUCAAUGAAUUCCGCACUGAUUAUCAGGAAACAGAAAAUGAAAUAUACGUUGGAGGUGAUAUGUUAAGCAACGAUGAUAUUAAUGUAGCUAAUAAGAAACAAUCGAAUACAAAACUGAAGGAUUUGGAUCAAAUUAUAGAUAAUGUUAACAGAGCCAACACAAAUUGUGAAAAGCUCAAAAAUGAACAACAGGUUUAUUCUCAAGUGAAUGAAACCGAUUAUAAAGAGUGUGAAAAUGAAAUCUAUCAGGGUCCUGAAUAAUUAGAAUAAGGGUCAGCAAUAAUCACAUGAAAGCUAGGGUCUCUUUUCGUUUUCCUGGGUCGAGUCUGUUUUCAAAUUCCAGGUUUUAUUUUUGUUUUUGUAAUUAGUCAUAAACAAAGACCCAGGCAUACAAAGUCAGAAUAUACUUUUUAAUUAGUAAGUAAUUGUAUAAUAAAUAAGCCUAAAUAUACAGAAAAGUCCAUCGAUCGAAAAGGAAUAUACAGAGCCAUGUCUAACUCGGUUCAUGCACUUCUGCUAUACAUGCGAGUGAUUGGAUGGAUUAUGUCAAUACUGUAUAAUUAUAAACUUGAUCAGGGGUAGAUUUAGAUGAGGGAUAAACAGGCUUCCUCCUCCCACCCCCUUAAAUUUUAUCAAUUUGUAUGAAUCUACUGUUGAUACAUUGUUGUUUCCUUUGUUGGAUCGAUUGUAAUAAGACAAGACUUUUUUUAUUCCUUGUUCCGACGAGUGACAGGAAAUGAAAGUAAAAUGUUUGUUUUUUUACCUCAAAGCAGACCUAGAAAUUUACUUUUUUAGCCACAAGCAACCUAUUCUAAAAUUUGCUAGUCAUCAAAAAUAUAACUAGCAAAAUGAGUUGCUCGACUAGUAAAAUAUAUUGAUACCAAUCCAACAUUUUUAAAGAUCAUCGGAAGAGCGACGAAAUAAAAAUAAAAAUAAAAUUUUGCUUUCUUAUUUAGCAAAUAGUUUUGCCAAAAACAUCCAGAUG